GGUUCCAGAGCUUAAGAAAAAGGUGUUUGAUAAGACAGGUGUGGAAAUUGAAAGACAACGUCUCCUUUUUGCCGGUAAACAACUUGAGGAUGAACACAACGUAGAACACUAUAAAAUAGUGAAAAGUUCUACUAUUCAGGUGGUCGUUAGAGUCCUGGGUGGCGCAGAUGAGAAACGUCAUGAUCCCAACGAUGGCCUUGAGCUAACCAACGAACCCGACAUGAUCACUUGGGAUGACGACCCAGAUAACUUACGUGCAAAGAUGCCAUGUGGCCACGCUAUUGGUCCCCAAUCCCUGACCGCCUUUUGCAGAUCACUUGUUAGCGUAGGCAAAUUUCAAUUUUUUUGUCCGUAUGUCAACUCGACAAACAAUGCUCGUUGCCGUGCGGAAUGGCAAUAUAUUGACAUCCGCAAAUUAGGUCUCCUUACUGACGACGAGUGCAAAUAUUUUGAAUCCAAGAUUAGUGAAAAUUAUUCUAUUCGCGCAUUUGGCGCUCAAGAAUGUCCUCAGCUCUUGUUGACUCCAAGUGCCAUCAGUAGUGCUCCACAUUCUAAUGGAGAAUAUGCAUUUUGUUGGUACUGCUUGCACGAAGUUAAGGGUACAGAAGGUUAUCGUUGCAAUAACGAUCUCUGUGGAGGUAUCGAUCCACGUCUAGCCAUUCUCAAAAAUGCGGUCAAAAAGAAAAUAGUCGACGUAUCCGGAGUACCAUCGUGCCGCGCAUGCCCGAAAUGUGGUACAAUUAUCGAACAUGAUGACAGGUGUAAGCAUAUGAAAUGUCCUUGCGAUCAAGAAUUCUGUUUCGUUUGCCUUAGACUGCGUGAUCCGCAAACGGGCUGGCCAUGCGGUACAUCCAGCACUGUGUGCGAUAUUGCUCCUGUACAGACCACUAUCCCCGGCUUAUAA